AGGAAGUUAGCGGUGGAAGCCCAGAUAGCGGCGGAGAGGGCUUCGGAUCCCAUGGCGACCCCGGAGGCCAGCGGCAGUGGCGAGAAGGUCGAGGGCUCCGAGCCCUCCGUCACCUACUACCGGCUGGAGGAGGUGGCGAAGCGAAACUCGGCGGAAGAGACGUGGAUGGUGAUCCACGGGCGAGUCUACGAUAUCACCCGCUUCCUCAGCGAGCAUCCUGGCGGGGAAGAGGUUCUGCUGGAACAAGCGGGUGCUGAUGCAACUGAAAGCUUUGAAGAUGUCGGCCACUCCCCUGAUGCCAGGGAGAUGCUAAAGCAGUACUACAUUGGAGAUGUCCAUCCGAGUGACCUUAAACCUAAAGGCGAUGACAAGGAUCCUUCCAAGAACAAUUCAUGCCAAAGUUCCUGGGCGUAUUGGUUUGUCCCCAUCGUGGGCGCUAUUCUUAUAGGUUUCUUGUAUCGUCACUUCUGGGCUGACAGCAAAUCCUCCUGAGGAGACCUCGUUGAAGUGCGGAGCACGUGCUCCUGCGAUGAGAGGAGGAGACUUGUGUGGAGGCUGCAGGGUGUUCCCUCCUUGGAACCUGCCAGUUGUUUUCUUUCCCCUUGGAGCCAAGAUGGUUGACCAGAUAUCUAUCCUCCUUCAGUGUACGACCAGAGUCUUUCAUCCGCCAGAGCCUGACGCCCAAAGCACCUGCUCACUCUGUGUCCUUGCCAGGGUUUCUCUCAUUGGUUCCCACUCCUUCCUUUCAUUUCAAAAGUUGAUGCCAAUGACUUAGAGUUCCUAUGUUGUAGUGACAUGGCCUUUGGGGACAGUACAUGAUUUCUCAUAAUUUGAAUUCAUAGUAGAUAUAGUUAAGGGAACAGCAGUCAGGUUAUGAAUCUUUUCCCAUUUUUCUUUUUAAGUAAAUUUAUUUUUUUAAUUCUGAUUUAAUUUUGUCAUUCAUCAUAAGGGAUUUAAUUCAUGAAGUUGUGUGUAUCUUAUUUCAAACACAGCUGCCAGAUGAUCUUAUUUAUGAUUGUUAGAAGUAAGGGGCCAGCAAGAUGGCUCAGUGGAUAAAAGCAAUUGCCGCGAAGCCUGAUGACCUGUGUCUGAGUCACUGCACUCACAGGAUAGAAAGAACCGAUUCCCAAAAGUUGUCCUCUGACUUCCACAUGUGUGCUAUGGUCUUUGCACACACACGCACACACACACACCCCAGAUGUUAUUUUUAAAAAUGAAGUACAGCAACAGUGGCUAUCUACCCCUGCCCCCUCCAGACAGUGUAGCUGAUGGCUCCUCCUGUCUCUAAGUCCCGCCUCUUUUCCCAAAAUACUUCACAAAGUGUGCAUCCCUUUGAUUUCUUAGGAAUCUAAGAGCUGAAGAAGGACUGACUUCAGAGUAAUCUCUUUUACAAAGAGAACCAAACACUACUUACAGGAGAGCAGUUUAAAAAGGGACCAACAUGCGCUCUCUGGUCUGACACUGGUUUCUAACCAUCUUCCACCCUGGCUGUCUUUACCAGUGAAAGAUGUGUGUGUGUGCUUACCUUCUAUACACUUCUCUCCGGUCCGUGGGGCUUCACAAAGGCCUUUCUGCUGUUUUUCUUUACCGAUUAGCAAAUUUCUGAUUCCUUGUCUUAAAGUACAAGACUCAAGUUUGAACUUAUGUUUAUCUCAGUAAAAUAACUUAGAUGUAAAUGUCAUUGUCCGGCAUGCCCCUUCAGAUUGGGAGACCAUGCCAAGAGACUUCGGUUUUCAUCUGGGUUUUACCUCCAUGGCGCCAACUUUUGGUUUUGUCCUACUUUCUAUUGAGGGUAAUGAUAAAUCUGGAAGCUUUCUUUCCUCUUGGAUAUGAAUUUCACUGGAAAGUAGGCAGUCAUUUAAAAUUCCUUCUCUCGUUGGUCCAGGCAUUUUCCUGGCACCUCUGACUGUAUUCUCUCUCCCUGUGGCAGUGCCUGACAGUACCCAGCUGUUUCUUAGUUUCUAUGAUCUUUCUUCACAUCUUUGUUCAUUACCAGUCAGCUUCUGGGCUGGUGUCACAUCCAGCAGGAAACCAUGGGAUUCCAGCAGGACCAGAGAUGUUGGGAAGUGUCCUCCUGCCUCCCUUCCAGCUUGCCAGGGGCUUGACAGGACAGGAAACUGCACAGUAAACCAGUCUGCCCGUGUAAACUAUUUUUUAAAAAGUUCAGUCCAGGACUCGUAUCCUGUGAUUUAGCAGUUGAAUGAAUUCAGAAUUCAUCAAAAUAACAUUAACCUUUUCCUUACACACUUGAAUAUGAUAUUUUAGAGUGAUUUCUAGGUGACUUUUAUGUCAGAGAUGAAGACUUAAUCAACCAUUCGUCUUUAGAAACGUCUGUAAUAUUGUGUCAUAGAUUGACAGCGUAAUUAGUCUGUAACAAAAGCGGCAUGCGGCGCGCAUCUCCAGGUAAAGGCAGGGAAGGUUGUGUGCAGGGAGCCCGGGACCUGCAUGCUGGGAUAGCGAAGUCACAUGGAGUAUGCUGGGUAGAAGGGAAGAACAAAGGAACAUUGAGUGCAGGACAGGAGCGUCCCAGCUAACUCCAAACUUGAUGGGACACCUAGUGAAAAACAUCUGGCUUGUAGGAAAUGUUAAAGAACUGCAUUUUCGGCUGGGCAUGGUGGUGCACACCAUUAAUCCCGAUGUAGGAGAGACAGAGGCUGCAGAAUCUCUGAGUUGAGGCCAGUCUGGUCCACAUAGUAAGUUCCAGGACAGUCAGGCUACAUAGAGAGACCAUGUCACAACCACUCCACCAAAUAAAAGAACUGUAUUCUUAAGUAGAAUCGGUGUUUUGAUAUUUCUACAGUAAACAUCAAUACCAAAAGCCGUUUUUUCUAUUUCACAUUUGUGUCUUUCCCAGCUUCUUAUAGCUGAGCUUUUUCUCCCGAGAGCCAGAAGGAAAAGAUUUUCAUACUUUUGUCUUUGCGAUCCAUGAAAUCCGUCAAUACCCAGGGCUUCUUUUGAACUACUGAUAAUGUAAUGUCAUUUUAUAUUAUAUAAAAAGGAUGCUUUUUUUUUUUUAAAUCUUUAAUCCCAGCACUUGGGAGGCAGAAGCAGACAGUUCUCUUGGGUUGUAGGUCAGCCUGGUCUACAGAGCAAGCUCCAAGCCAGCCAAAGCUACAUAAUGAGAUUCUGUUCAGGUCUACUUGUUGUAAUCCUGUUGCCUACAUAAACAGCUAGGGGAAAGGUAGGUUUUAGGUGAUCGUUUGUCAAGGCUUUCCGUAAACGGCAAAGCAACACAACAUGUGCACAGGUGUACUUUUAAAAGUCUAAACUUGUCAAAGAAGCCUGGACAUUUGAGGGUCAUGAAAAAACAUUAAGACCAAGAGGAGGCAGUUCCUAUCCACUGACAGCACCUCCUGACCUGUGGGCGUGGGCAGGUUUGAUUGUUUAUUCUUGAGGUGACCAGCUGCUGCCACAUAUACAGGUAAUGGCAGGUGAACAUGAGAGAUUUGUGCUACCCAGAUAAAAUGUGUUAACACCCAUUCUCUAAAAGUUUCUACCCAGCCCUGGGAGCUGGUUUUCAUCACUGAGUGAUGUACAGAAAGCAAUAGCACACAGUGUAUGGACUUACUUAAGCAGAGACAAGUCUGUCCAGAGCUGUCACUUGAGCUGGCUGGCUCUUCCAGCAGUUGCCAUCGGGGCUCACGGUGUAGGGUUUGUGCUCAUUAAGUGCUGAUGGCAAGCAGUGGAAAGUGAUUUACAAGCAAGGUGUGUCAUCACAUGCAGCACUCAUGCUUCUGUCUCCAGUGAUGCCCGUCCGGCUGAAGUCGACCUGAGAUGACUGAAGCAAGGAUCGUAAAUGUUCAUUGCCUCCUACCCCAAGGGAAGUGGACUCAGACAUGUCUUGUCUCAACGAGAAACCGAAGGGUUGAAGCUGUGAGAUUCAGUUGCCAAAUAUCCCAAAAGUAACGGGGAGCUCCGUCACAUUUGGCCAGCUUUGGGAUUUGUGGGAGUGGUCUAGGAGGGAGGCUGAAGAAGCAGGGGUGUGCCAGUCACCUGCCUUACACCCAGUGUCCUACUCAUGAAUGGCAGGGGCCACUCCUUGCCCACGCCUGCCUCGUCUAAUCAGCUGCUUGGGCAGACGCUCCUUUCGGUUAUUUGGCUUGUCUUUUCCUGCACCCUCAACUGAGUGGCUAAUACUACAUUCCUUUUGUGAAUUCAACGAUGGGGUUUGUUUACCUAUUUGGUUUCAGCUUAUUUUGAACAAAGAUCUUUGUCUCUUUCUACUGGAAUGUGCACACAGUGAAUGUUUGUUAGAACUACACAAUAAAGAUACUGUUUUCCUUUUCUUGUCCUG